AUGUCAUGAUGACGACCUUGCCACACACAGACGCGUCCGGUCGCUUCUUCCUGGUAUUUAUCCCCGCAAACUUCGCAGCAAUUUUUCGCAGUUCUCGUUCUUUCUUCAUCACCCACUUUGUGACUUCUCUGAAACUACUUUCUUCGUCACGCACUUGCUUCCCCCUUGUCGCGGCUUUCUAAAUUCUCGCUCCCUCUCGCUUUCUCGCCGCAAAGAUGUACAGAGGCAUCGUGCUUACCUAUCCCAACCACCGAGCCUCCGGCUCGCAGCGAACGUCCGUCGGGACAGUUACCGGCAUGGCCAAUCUCUUCCCCUCCCAGCACCUCUGGCGGGUCCCGAUGCUAUACUCGAGCAGACGCCCGCCGACGCCACCCUCGCCGACGCCACCCUCGCCGACGCCACCCUCGCCGACGCCACCCUCGCCGACGCCACCCUCGCCGACAUGGCGCGGAGAGUUCAGACGCCGUCCGACGCCCUACCCGUCGGAGUCCUCACGCACCGUCGCCGCCCUCCUCAAAGGGCGCGAUAGUCCUCUGCACGACUCAUCCGAAGACCUCGAACAUGAGGGGGAUGAGUUCGAGGAGGAGGAGGAGGAGGAGGAGCCGCUGCCGCAGUACACCCGGUACCACGUCGAUGCCAUGGACCUCCCGCCGCCCUACCUUCCACAGCCCGACGAUGAUCCGCCGCCGCCCAGCUAUGGCGAGACCGUCCGAGGCGACCUCGCUGCCCUUCCCGCAGCUGCAGCCUGCACUGCCGCCGCCGCCGCCGCCGCCCGCGACAGCGAAGAGACCAGACGGUCCCUCCGACUGCCCGAGCGGCUCAUCCCUUCUCCCACUCGCAUCCAUUCUGGUACAUCUCUCCCCGCCGGCCCGCCGGCACCGUUGGAGCAACAUUCGGAUGAGCGGGCCAGUCGAAGACGGCAAAGGCGUCAGAGAUAUGGUCGGGUGAUCCAAGCCUUCUUGAGCAGAGCCCUCCUUCCUCCCGUGGAUGACUUGGCUUAUCCUCUUGGGGUAUGUGGAGGUUUUUGAUUGCAGAGGAGGGAAAGCCAAGAAAAGAAGGGAAAAUGCGGCACGAGAUUGCUGUAUGGGGCCUCGGCGUCUAGUAAGGAUCAGGAGGGGGGGUUAUAUUGUUUUAAAUCUGCACUGUAUGGAUUUACAGAGUUUGCAUUGUUAAUUUUUUUUUUUGGGGUGCAUGCAUUGGAUAGGAUGAGCAUUAGACGAUUAGUCAGAAUGGCGUCGCCGCCGAUUUCAAACGACUCUUUCUUUUUCCCGGCAGGGACUAAGUAGUCUAAGUAGUGAGUGACUGGACACUGCGGAAAUCAUGACAUUCGAUUCUCCUAGAAACUAGAACACAUUGGGUAUGUCAGCAAUUCCGGACCUUGCAACAUAAGUUAUUGAGCCUACGCCUUCAGUUUCGCGAUUCAACCGUCGCCCCCGGUCUUAUCAACACCUU